CUUGAAUUUAAAAUAUAAUUAUUACAACUUCAAAUAAUUGUGCAAUAUUAUAUUUUUUAAAACAAUUAUUAAUUAAAUAAACAUUAAUUUUUUAUAAAUGAAAAAUAUGGAAGGUUGUGGAGAUAAUUCAAAUCAGCAAAACGAGAUAAUGAGAAGUAUUAAAAGAGAAAAUGGUUCUCAAUCACCUUUGGCUAAUAACGAUACAAAACAAAAUCAACAAGACCAGCAAAAUCAUAUACAACAAUCGGGAGUUCAAAUGUCACCACAAAAUUUACAAAUAACGGCAAGUACAACAUCAACCGGAAUAGAUACGAAUCAUCAAGAUGCACAACAAGUUGUAACGACUUCGUCACCAAAUUCGCCAUCACAAACUGUAGUUCCGAAUUCUUCCGGCCAAACUAUUAUUAAUGCAGUUGUUGUACAACGUACUGCGCCACAACAAAGACGAAUUUUGACUACUUCUGGAACUGUAAGGGAAAUUGCAGAUCAACGAGAUAUCGAUUCUGAAGAAUAUCACUCAAAUGAUUAUGGUCAAAUAACAUCUCGUGCAGAAGAUCAGAACAAUGGAAAUGGUGUUGCACCACAAACUGGCAGCGUAGCUGUAUAUUAUGAAAAUUCUGAGUUAGUUUCUUAUACAGGUCCUAAUGGAGAAGCUAAUGAUAUCAAAGAUAAUGUUGAACCAAUUAAUGCAAAUAUUCGACAUCAACAUAUUGUUCAAGAAUCACUUCAUCCCUCAGCUUCAACAGGAUUAAGUAGACAAUCGCUAACAGCUUCUGCAGUAGCUUUACAAAAUCACACUACAACAACAACAAUUAGUGUUCAAGAUUUACAACGUUAUAGCGAAGAAGGUCGGCUUGUUACUAAUGCUAAUGGUGAAUAUGUUCUCUUUAAUGAUCAACCAGUUGAAGGGAAAACUUAUGCUAAUCUGGCGUCAUCUAACACUAUCCAAAAUGUGAGUGAUUCAAGUUAUUUUCCGGCAAACUAUUCAACGACAACAUCAUAUGCUAUGAAUCCAUUGAUAUUGAACAAUGAUCCAAAUUUGGCGUCAGCAGUGAGACCUAAUAGCCAUUUUGGAGCAGUACAACCUUCUUACGAUCAAAGUCAAAAUAAUGUUUCAAUUAGUGAAGCUCAAUAUUGGUCAACAGCUGCAAAUCAACCUGAAUUUAUGAACAAUAAUUUUGCAACAACGUAUAGCGUUAAUCCAAUUAGCGAUGAUUAUUCAUGGGCACCCUCCUCAUAUUGUCGUUAUUGUACUUUACCCUUAUUACGUAAAGAAAAUGGUGAAGUCUAUUGUACUUCUUGUGCCCAAGCACGAAUACCUACAGCCUCAGUUGCAGGAGCAGGAGGAGGUGGACCUGGUGGUAUCGGGUUAAUGCUAUCAUCAAACCAUUCUCACCAUCACCUUCAGAGAGCACCACAAAGGCAAUCACGUCCAAGAGCACAGCAAACACAAGCUAAUAAUCGCCGGAAUGGUGUAAUAUGCGCCAAUUGUAAAACAAAUCAAACAACAUUAUGGCGUCGAAAUAAUGAUGGACAACCAGUUUGUAAUGCGUGUGGUUUAUAUUUUAAGCUACAUAAUAUACCACGUCCUCUUUCAAUGAAAAAGGAAGGAAUACAAAAACGUAAACGUAAACCAAAAAGCACCACACCAGUUCAUCCAAUUAAUAAUAGGCAAUCCUUGCCAAGUAUGGUAAUGCAUGGUUCACCAAUGUAUCCAUCUCAAAUUAAUUUACCGAUAAACGGAAACCAUAAUGACUUGUCAAUACCGAAUUUAAGUGGUCCACAUUUUGUAACUAGUGAUGGUAUACAAAUACAUCGUCAUCAUCAACAUUCACCAGCAUUACAUUUAAAUCCGCAUCACACAGCACAUACAAUAACAUCAUCAAUGGCUGGAGGUGUUACAACUUCAGGUGCUGUUGUUACUUCAGCAUCUUCUUCUAUGCAUCCUGGGGCAAUAUUGAUACCAACAAGUGCAACUACAUCUUCAUCACCUAACACUAAUCAAUUGGGGCAACAACAUAAUAAUAAUGUACAUCAACCUCAGCAGCAACAACAUCAACAAUCGAAUAGUCAACAAUUUAAUUCAAAUGUAAGCAAUAACAACAACAAUAAUAAUAAUAGCGGUAAUGGAAGCGAACAAUCAUCUCAAAGUCAAUCACCACAUUCCAAUAGUAUGAAUAGGCAAGGAAAUCAAUCUGUUCCACCAAUUGAUAGUAAUCGGACAUCAAUUCAAAAUGGCGAAAUUGUUACAAGUGUAAUAACAAGUACUGGAAUACCAGAUCGUUCAACAAAUAAUUAACUUUAAUACUAGAAUAUUUUUUUUUUUGAUAGAAAAGCCAAAUUAAUGAAAUUUAAGGCCAAAAAAAUGGUGCCAAAUAUUUAAAGACAAAUUUUUCUUUUUGUUUUCUUAUAAGUAAAUGUUAUUUUUGUAAAUACUUAAAUGUUUUCAAGAAUAAUAUUAAUUAAAAAAUAUAAAAUAAGUAAAUUUAGUUCCCCACAGU